GUCGCCUGCUGUGAUGGGAUGUCGUCCUGAUGAGCCCAGUUCUGUUCCAUCAGCUGCUCCAAAAGUGGAUGUAUCUCCCAAUGCUCCCAUGGAUUUCUUCGAAGAUGAGAUGAGAGGCUAUAUCGGCUUCUGCGGGCAUGUCGCCUCAGCAGCCAAGAGCGACAAAACUUUUUGGUUCAGACGUCGUAUUCGACGCAUUUUGUUGCCAUUCGCCGUGCUCUUAGAACUCUGUUUUCUGAUGAUCCUGAGCGCACUCAGCCGUCUCAUCCAG